AUGCGCGAGUUUAUGGACUACGUCCACAGCGCUUUCUACGAAGCCACAGGAUGGAACCGUGACAACUCUUAUGCGGCUCUCAACUCUACGCCCGACGCUCUCCUAGAGUUCCCGACUCCGCGAGGCUUACGACUUACUCUCUCAUCGCUUUCUAGUCCGAACUUUGCUACAUCCUACGAGCUUGGGUCGGUUGGUGUCGUUGAUGGCUCAAUAUCAUAUCUCUACUCCUCCGUGCCAUUGCGCGUAGCAAUCGAAUCGCGAUCCGAGCGCAUCUCUCUGCCGAGCCUUCUCCGAGCGUAUCGACCUUUGGCGCCCCUCACCGAACUCAAAUCGAAGACCUCCGCACUGACUGGAGGCCAGGAUGUGGCCAAGUCUUCCCUCCUCUAUGGCAGACUCUAUCUUCCGCAGUCUCUUCUCGAGGCUCUGGUAGUGAAGCGAAUCUCUCCAGCCCUCCAAGUCCAGUUCAGCGCCGUAUCGGGAGCGCAUCUUCGCGAUGGGGGAACGACGGUAGGGUUGGCUCAGUAUGACGUGGGGAGGUAUGCGCUGGAGGGCCUCGCAUCCUCCGACGGUGGACUCUUGGGUUUCAGAGGUGUUUAUAAUUUUGGUGGCGACGCCGAACCCCCGAAGGUUGCGGCGCCCGCUGAGAACGGAAACCACUCGGAGCGCGAGCGCAUAUACGGCCGAUUCAGUACAGGAGCAGAGAUUUAUUACGGCACGUUGAACAAAUCAGGUGGCAUCAGUUUGGGGACUCGGUUUGCGACCCUUCCGUCGCAUAAGGGGACGCCUCUUGCUGCCACGUUGACAGUGAACCCACUUAUGGGGACCAUCAGUGCCAACUACGCAGUUGUGGCAGGCAAGCAUUGCAGCCUCGCGACGCGCAUGGAAUUCAACGUCUUCAGCUAUGAGAGUUCGUGGGCGGUAGGCACAGAGCUGUGGAGGAAACCACUCCCCCGACUUGUCGACGACAACUACGGUUUGCCGAAGCGAAGCCUCGAGUCUAAGUUGAAAUGGAAGCUGGAUGACCCAGAACCAAUCAGGACGCCCAAAGAUGGAGACCCUGAGGAAUAUGCGGGGGUUCUUAAGGCGCGGAUGGACCAGAACCUGCAGAUUGGAGUCCUCUGGGAAGGGAGGAUAAAAUCCCUACUCUUUAGCUUAGGCAGUGGCAUCGACCUGAGAAAGACGGACAAGCCGUUCCGGACACUCGGACUGGAGAUUCAGUUCUCAUCAUGA